AUGACAUUAGCACUCAUUGUUAACCAUCCUCAUCACAUCAUUGCAUUAGCUGUGCCACCCUCUGUUCUCUCCUCCCCUGCACUCGCUCAAAUCCAUCCUCCCACUGCUCCACCAGCCGCUAUCGCUCCUCAUCCUGAGGUGCCAAAGGGCACGCAACCCUUCUGUCCUCUCGCUCGUCGCAGCACGCAACCCUUCUUUGCUCUCGCUCGUCGUAGCACGCAACCCUUCUUUGCUCUUGCUCCUCGCAGCAUGCAACCCUUCUUUGCUCUCCCUCGUUGCAGCACGCAACCCUUUUUUGCUCUCCCUUGUCGCAGCACGCAACCCUUUUUUGCUCUCCUUCGUCGCAGCACGCAACCCUUCUUUGCUCUCCCUCGUCGCAGCACGCAACCCUUCUUUGAUCUCGCUCGUCGUAGCACGCAACCCUUCUUUGCUCUCCCUCGUCGUAGCACGCAACCCUUCUUUGCUCUCCCUCGUCGCAGCACGCAACCCUUCAUUGCUCUCCCUCGUCACAGCACGCAACCCUUCUUUGCUCUCCCUUAUCGCAGCACGCAACCUUUCUUUGCUCUCCCUCGUCGCAGCACGCAACCCUUCUUUGCUCUCCCUUAUCGCAACACGCAACCCUUCUUUGCUCUCCCUCGUCGUAGCACGCAAUCCUUCUUUCCUCUCCCUUGUCGCAGCACGCAAUCCUUCUUUGCUCUCCCUCGUCGCAGCACGCAAUCCUUCUUUGCUCUCCCUCGUUGCAGCACGCAACCCUCCUUUGCUCUCCCUUGUUGCAGCACGCAACCCUUCUUUGCUCUCCCUCGUUGCAGCACGCAACCCUUCUUUGCUUUCCCUUGUUGCAGCAUGCAACCCUUCUUUGCUCUCCCUCGUUGCAGCACGCAACCCUUCUUUGCUCUCGCUCGUUGCAGCACGCAACCCUUCUUUGCUCUACCUCGCUGCAGCAUGCAACCCUUCAUUGCUCUUGCUCGCUGUAGCACGCAACCCUUAUUUGCUCUUGCUCGUUGCAGCACGCAACCCUUCUUUGCUCUCGCUCAUUGCAGCACGCAACCCUUCUUUGCUCUCGCUCGUUGCAGCACGCAACCCUUCUUUGCUCUCGCUCGUUGCAGCACGCAACCCUUCUUUGCUCUUGCUUGUUGCAGCACGCAACCCUUCUUUGCUCUCGCUCAUUGCAGCACACAACCCAUCCACCUCGUGCCUUAG